CGGUGGAUGGUCUGAAGCGUAGAGCCAGGCUCUUUCUGGGGCUCGGCGGGUCUGGAGCCCCAGCAUGGCUUCGUCACGAAGCUCCUCCACGGCGACCAAGACGAAGGCACCUGAUGACCUCGUGGCCCCCGUGGUAAAGAAACCGCACAUCUACUAUGGAAGCUUGGAGGAGAAGGAAAGGGAGCGCCUGGCCAAAGGAGAAGCCGGAAUUUUAGGAAAAGAAGGACUCAAAGCAGGAAUCGAGGCAGGAAAUAUUAAUAUCGCCUCCGGUGAAGUAUUUGAAAUUGAAGAGCACAUCAGUGAGCGACAGGCAGAAGUAUUGGCCGAGUUUGAAAGGAGGAAGCGAGCGCGGCAGAUCAAUGUUUCCACAGACGACUCGGAGGUCAAGGCUUGCCUGCGAGCCCUGGGGGAGCCCAUCACACUCUUUGGAGAGGGCCCAGCUGAAAGAAGAGAAAGAUUAAGAAAUAUUCUCUCAGUGGUUGGUACUGAUGCCUUAAAAAAGACCAAAAAAGAUGAUGAGAAGUCCAAAAAAUCCAAGGAAGAGUAUCAGCAAACAUGGUACCACGAAGGACCCAACAGCCUCAAGGUGGCCAGGCUGUGGAUCGCCAACUAUUCCCUGCCCAGGGCAAUGAAACGCUUGGAAGAGGCUCGGCUCCAUAAAGAGAUACCAGAGACAACGCGGACUUCCCAGAUGCAAGAGCUGCACAAGUCUCUGCGGUCUUUGAAUAAUUUCUGCAGUCAGAUUGGAGAUGACCGGCCUAUCUCCUACUGUCACUUUAGUCCCAAUUCUAAAAUGCUGGCCACAGCUUGUUGGAGUGGGCUUUGCAAGCUCUGGUCUGUUCCUGACUGCAACCUCCUCCACACACUGCGAGGCCAUAACACAAAUGUAGGAGCUAUUGUAUUCCAUCCCAAAUCCACCGUGUCUUUAGACCAGAAGGAUGUCAAUCUGGCCUCUUGUGCUGCCGAUGGUUCAGUGAAGCUCUGGAGCCUGGAGAGUGAUGAACCAGUGGCAGAUAUUGAAGGUCACACAGUGCGUGUGGCCCGAGUUAUGUGGCAUCCAUCAGGACGUUUUCUGGGCACUACCUGUUAUGACCGUUCCUGGCGCUUGUGGGAUUUGGAGGCCCAGGAGGAGAUCCUGCACCAGGAAGGCCACAGCAUGGGUGUGUACGACAUAGCCUUCCAUCAAGAUGGCUCUUUGGCUGGCACUGGGGGACUGGAUGCAUUUGGUCGAGUUUGGGACCUGCGCACAGGACGUUGUAUCAUGUUCCUAGAAGGCCACCUCAAGGAAAUCUAUGGAAUAAAUUUCUCCCCCAAUGGCUACCACAUUGCAACUGGCAGCGGUGACAACACUUGCAAAGUGUGGGACCUGCGACAGCGGCGCUGUGUCUACACCAUCCCUGCCCAUCAGAACUUGGUGACCGGUGUCAAGUUUGAGCCUAUCCAUGGGAACUUCUUGCUCACCGGUGCCUAUGAUAACACAGCUAAGAUCUGGACCCACCCCGGCUGGUCCCCACUGAAGACUCUGGCUGGACAUGAAGGCAAAGUGAUGGGCCUAGACAUUUCUGCUGAUGGGCAGCUCAUAGCCACUUGCUCAUAUGACAGGACCUUCAAGCUCUGGAUGGCUGAAUAGACAGAGAACAGUGGAAAAAGGACUCUAACUUGAAGCUCUUAAGGAGCCUUUUUUUUUUUUUUAAUGUAUUUUGUUCUAUCAUGUUUCCUGCCAAUUACCAUGUGUAGACCUGCAGUAGAAUGGGAUUUACGUGUCAGUUUCCACUGUAGGCAGGCAGGUGCACCCAUUUCACUGUUGAGAAUUACUUGUCACACUCAGGCCCUGCCACACACUAUGUAGACAUUUAUUAAUCCUUUGUUCAAAUGCCCUGUGAUCUCCCUGGUAGCACUCAGGAUUGUGACUGACUCUUUGCGUGCGUUAAUUCAUGAAGCUUGGCUUUUGGCAUGGUCCAUGUUUCAGGACCACAUGUGACCAGGGAGCAAAGUGCCAGGACUGUAGUCUGGGAGCCCUCGAAGAGGCACCGCUCCCCACAGCACUGGCUAGACACGUGCAGAAGGUGCCUGGCAACGGACGACCUUCCUCUCCUUAGAGUGGGAGAGACAUAGCCGCCGACACAGCUGUGCCGAUGCUUUAGGCAAUAAAGAAGUGACUCACUCUGCUGAGCUCACUUGCAAUGCCAGCCGCGUCAGAAGCAGCAGGAAACUCAGAACUGAACAUUUGCCUGGUCAGAAAGUCUCUUCGACUUCACGUUGAAGUUCAGCAUCCUUUGUACUAACCCUAAAGUGAGGCUAUUGCAUCAGGGGUCAGUGAAGUUUUUAGGAAGCAAAGUGGUGCCUCUAUUGUACAGUCUUACUACUGGUUAUUUAAAGGAUGUGUUUCAUGUAUUAGACUGGACUUUCUGUCAAGCUAAUUUUAAAAGUUCCUAAUGGUUAGUCCUGAGCAUAAAUAUCUUUUUCUUUACUUCACUCAUGGCUAAGAGUAAAAGCCUGUUCUGAAAACUGU